GGUGCAAGCGGCUGCUGCCACAAACCAGCAUCCAGUUUUGGACUCGAUGCUCUUGACUCCUCUCCCAAGGGGCAGAUGAGUUUAUCCUCUGUCGUGGAUACACUGUUGUGGAAACUGAGGUCCAGCGUUCAGGUAAUUCAGAGGCCACCAGGUAGUAAAGGAGCCAAGACUGGAUCCCAGGUCUUUCUCACUCCAAGCCCACACUUGUAAGCGCUAAACUGCACUGCCCAGGUUACAGCCACACAGAGUGAGGGGGGCCAGGUGCUACGGUGCCCUCCCCUGAGCGGGCUGCUGCUCCCAGCCAGGCUGCCCCCUGGGGAAAAGUAAGGCCGACAUAGAAUUCCUUUCUUGGCAAAUGUGAUUUGAAAAAGAGCAUUUGCCCCUUUCAGGCUGGUUUCCCUUAUCCUAAAAGAAAGGCAGGGAUCUUACCAGUUACCUAUCUCUGUCUCCAGGGCUGGGUAUACAGUGGCACUUGAUAAAUGCACAUUGAGUAAGUGGCCAGAUGAGUUCCAAGAGCCCUUCCGGCUGCAGUCUGAUCUUGUGUUUGGGGUUAGGUGGCUCAUGAUAAGAGAAUGAGUGUUGUUAACUUGGAGACCGGGCUGGGGUAGUCAUGGGGACUUUUUGGAGGUGGAGGACCUGGACUGGUGAAGGCAGGGUAGGCCCUGAACAGGGCGGGGAGGCGGGGUGCACAGAUCGCAGCGUUGGAAUGGGAACUGCACCAAAAGCAGAAGAUGCAAGAAGUUGACUCACGGAAAUGUGUCGACUGCCCUGGCUUGGGAGCCGUGGGUGGGGAACCCUGGGGAGCGAGUGCUAGAGGAUAUAACGCAGUGUGGUUGCCUGUGCGGUGUAAGCAGGCAUGUUCUCAGCAGGGAGCGGUUUUGCCCCCCAUGGCCUCUGGCCCCGUCUGGAGACAUUUUUGGUUGUCACAGCUGAGGAUGAGGGGCCGUUAUGGGCACCUAGUAGAUGGAGACCAGGAACGUUCCUAGACAUCCCACAGGGCACAGAGCAUGAUCUGGCCCCACCUGUCCGUAAUGCCAAGAUUGAGAAACCUAGGUAUAGGGAAAGCGUGUGGGCCUUAAGACCCGUUAGGUGUAGGUUUGGUGCCCGUGUGCCCCACUCCCCAGCUGGGCAGGCAGGAGCCUGACCUGCAGGAGAUGUGGGGAGAAGUGGAGGAGACUGCGCAUCGUGUGGUGGGGGGAGAGGAUGGCGGCCCGGAGGGCAGUGGCGGAGGACAGGAGAUGUGACCAGAUCGGGGAUGUUUUUGAAGCCUGAGGUGACAGUACUUGCCGAUGGCACGUGGGCCGAAGGAGAGAGGAAUCAGGCUGGGGGCGAGAUUUGUGGCCUGAGCCCCUAGGUGGACGGAGGUGUCACUGGCUGCGGUGGGAGGAGGGGCAGGUUUGGACGCCUGCUGGGAAACAGGAGUCCGUGCUGGGCAGGCUAGGGGUGGGUGCCGGACACUAGGCAUCCAGGUGCGGACAGACAGUCGGCCACUGGCUAUUCCUCUGGAGUUGACGACGAGGUCAGAGGGAGGGCUACACGCUGGGGAGAUGUCAGCUUAUUGCUAAUAAAAGGUAAUCGGCAAUAAAAUGUGUUUCGAUGUGUAAGUUCCCGAGUCCAAGGAUGCUAGAAGCCGCGAGGAAGCAGCCCAUGCUUUCACCACCCCACAGAACCCCCGGGAACGCGGUAGCUCCUGUGCUCAGUGCCCCAGCCACGUUUGAGCGUGACAGCUCAAACACCACGUGUGCCAUUGCUGUGGAUGUCGUGGUUUCUCCAAACCGUUUAUCAAAAGCAGUGCCGUCUCCUCGGUGUACGUGGCAAACGAAUUUCAGUGCAUUGUGGAACCACGGAAAGACUGCUCUGUGUCACAUAACUCACAGCCUCCCAGGGGACAGAGACGUCACUCAGAUGACCACGCCCCGCACAAGGGCACUGAAGGAAAAGUAGGGGGCCGUGAGAGCAGCCCCAUCACGGGGUAGCCCCCAAGGAAGUGACAUUUGAGCUGAAGUUGACUAGGACCAGUCUCUGCCCUGGGGACGUGUGAGCCCUGCGUCCACUUAAUCAUGGAGAGGGUUGGCCUGGGCCACCAGCCCCUUAGGUGAGGACUCUGCCUGGGGCUCCGUGGACGAUUCUGAAUCAUGGAGGCAAAGAGGACUCUUCCGGCCAGGAGACCUUCCUGUUGAAAGUUGUGGCCCAGCUUGGCCGGCCCUUCCUGCCGGCUGUCUUCGGGAGAGGCUCCCACCGACCCAGAGCUAGGGGGUUGCGGCUUUCCCGGAUGGGGAGGUGGGCCUUCGACGUGGCCUUUGUGUGGAAGGCGGUGUUGACUCUGGGGCUGGUCCUCCUCUAUUACUGCUUCUCCAUCGGCAUCACCUUCUACAACAAAUGGCUCACCAAGAGCUUCCACUUCCCCCUCUUCAUGACGAUGCUGCACCUGGCCGUGAUCUUCCUGUUCUCUGCCCUGUCCAGGGCGCUGGUUCAGUGCUCCAGCCACAGGGCCCGCGUGGUGCUGAGCUGGACGGACUACCUCAGGAGAGUAGCUCCCACAGCACUGGCAACAGCGCUUGACGUGGGCUUGUCCAACUGGAGCUUCCUCUACAUCACCGUCUCGCUGUACACGAUGACCAAGUCCUCCGCUGUCCUCUUCAUCCUGAUCUUCUCGCUGAUCUUCAAGCUGGAGGAGCUGCGCGCAGCGCUGGUCCUGGUGGUCCUCCUCAUCGCCGGGGGCCUCUUCAUGUUCACCUACAAGUCCACACAGUUCAACGUGGAGGGCUUUGCCUUGGUGCUGGGGGCCUCGUUCAUCGGCGGCAUCCGCUGGACCCUAACCCAGAUGCUCCUGCAGAAGGCCGAACUUGGGCUCCAGAACCCCAUUGACACCAUGUUCCACCUGCAGCCACUCAUGUUUCUGGGGCUCUUCCCUCUCUUUGCCAUAUUUGAAGGUCUCCAUUUGUCCACGUCUGAGAAAAUCUUCCGUUUCCAGGACACAGGGCUGCUCCUGCGGGUACUAGGGAGCCUCUUCCUUGGCGGGAUUCUCGCCUUCGGUUUGGGCUUCUCCGAGUUCCUCCUGGUCUCCAGAACCUCCAGCCUCACUCUCUCCAUUGCUGGCAUUUUUAAGGAGGUCUGCACUCUGCUGCUGGCAGCUCACCUGCUGGGGGACCAGAUCAGCCUCCUGAACUGGCUGGGCUUCGCCCUCUGCCUCUCGGGCAUAUCCCUGCACGUUGCUCUCAAAGCCCUGCACUCCAGAGGUGAUGGGGGCCCUAAGCCCUCGAAGGGGCUGGGCUCCCACCCCGACCUGGAGCUGCUGCUCCGGAGCGGGCAGCCAGAGGAGGACGACAAUGAGGAGGAAGAGGCGUACUUCGUGGCCCAGGGGCAGCAGUGACCAGCCGGGAGACCAGCUUGGAGGCAGGCCUCUCCCCACCCUCACACCUCACAGCAGCUCGGGGACCCAGGGGGCCCUUCGCGGCAGCUGGGGAGCAGCGGGCCAGGCCUCUCCCAGGCCGGGCCUUGGGGAGCGCGCGACCGCCUGGCGGGGCUCGCUCGGGGAGCUGAGGAGACUGCGGGGUGCGCGUCGGGCCAGAGCAGGGCCGAGGCCGUGCUGGAGGCCCAGCGGGACGAGGGAAUGGGCGGUCCUCGGCCACUUGCCAGGCUCUGGCGGCCAAGGUGGUGCUUUCCGGGGCACAGCGGGUUUCUUGGGGCACUGGGUUUAGACUGCGGAGCACUUGGGAAGGGGAGAAGGAGAGGCUGGAGCCUCAUCACCUGGACAGUGUCUUUUCUCAGAGAGCAGAUCUAUUUAUAGUUUGGAAAUAAAGGAUUUACGGUC